AUGUCUUAUGUAGGAGAGCGUAUUGCGAAAGUUAUGGCAUCUCGAGGCUUGUGCUCCAGACGAGAAGCUGAAAAAUGGAUAACUCAGGGCAGAGUUAAAGUUAAUGGUGCUACUCUUGUCUCCCCUGCUUUAAAUGUUACAGAUGCAGACACAAUUUUGAUUGAUGAUAAGCCGAUUCCUAAACAAGAUUUACUCCGCUUAUGAAAAUUCCACAAGCCAAAAGGCUACAUCACUACUCACAGAGAUCCGCAGAAAAGGCCCACUUUGUUUUCUCUUUUACCGAAAGAUUUUCCUAGAGUAGUUUCUAUAGGGAGACUUGAUAUGGAUUCUGAAGGUCUUAUUCUGUUAACAAACAGUGGAGAAAUCGAGCAUAAAUGAGAACUGCCUUUAUAUGGGUGGAUUCGAUCUUAUAGAGCAAAAGUAUUAGGCUCCGUUGAUCAAAAAAAGCUAGAAAGUUUGAGAGACGGCAUUACUAUUGAUAAUUUUCAUUAUAAAUCAGCUAUUGCAAAAAUUGAGUCACAAGAUGAAAAGUUCGCCUGGUUAAAUGUGCAGUUGACAGAGGGAAAGAACAGAGAAGUAAGAAGAAUUUUUGAUUACUUAGGCUGGCCUGUUCAGCAGCUGAUUAGAAUUGGAUUCGGACCUUUUGAAUUAGGCAAUUUGCAGAGUGGAAAAUUCGAAGAAAUUGAUCUAACUUCAUUAGAAAAAAUAUUUUUGGGAAAAUAAUCUCAAUAGCUCUAAAUUUUAAAUAGUUUUUGGAUACAAAAACAUAAAUGAUAUAAAAGAAAUUAGAUUUUUCAUGAAAUCUCGGUUUUAGGAUCGAUAAAAAAUUGUUUCAUUAAGCUUUAAAAAAAUUAUCGAAAAAAAAAAUAUUUCUCUAAUCUUACCGGGAUUAGUAAGCAACUAUAAAUACUUACUUUAA